AUGAAAGUUGAACGAGUGAGAUGUGUUAAAUUCUUUGAUUCAACUGAAUUUGAUAACGAGAACCAUCAAAUUGACGAGGUUGUCUCACUUCCCCGCAAUACUUCUUACGGUGAGCAACAAACUGGAGCUGAUGAGAAUAUUGAACCAGCUAUUCCACCAGUAGAGGGUGAAGUAAGUAGAGUAAGAUACCCUACUAGGACUCACAAUAAACCUGCUUACCUAAGUGAGUAUGUUGUAGAAAGUAUCACUGAUAGUAGCGCUAAUGUUGUAAUAGAUUAUUGCUAUAGGAUGAAUGACAUCCCAGCUUGUUAUUCACAAGCAGUAAAUUCACCAGAUUCAGCUCGGUGGAAAAAGGCAAUGGAUGAAGAAUUUGACUCUCUGGUAAGUAAUGAAACAUUUACACUUACCAUGGUUCCACCCAACCGCAAGAUAGUAGGUGGAAAAUGGGUGUACACAAUUAAAUCAGGUCCUAAUGACGAGGAGACAUAUAAGGCUAGGAAUAUUACAG